AUGUGUUCCGUGAUUGCUGGGAGGAUUAGUUAUGUGUUCGGCUGUCAUGGCCCUGCUGUUACUGUUGAUACAGCCUGCAGCUCGUCCCUUGUAGCAGUGGACCUAGCGAUUAGUGCUUUAAAAAGUGGUAGAUGUUCUCAAGCAAUCGUUGCUGGAGUGAACCUGAUCUUAAGCGAGAGAGGGCAAGGUGCUCGGGCAAAUGGUAAAAUGCUAUCUCGUCAUGGAAUGUCGCUAAGUUUUGAUGCUAGAGCCUCUGGCUAUGGCCGUUCAGAUGGAUGUGUUGUGAUGAUGUUGGAGGUGGCUAAACCUAACUUGGAUUACCUGGGGAUUAUCAGCGGUGUAAAUGUCAACCAUGGCGGUCGAGCUAUUUCUUUGACGACGCCUAACCCGGAGGCCCAAAAGAUGCUACUCAAUUCUUUACUUCAAGAAUGUGGCAACCCCGAUCUCCAAUACUGGGAAGCACAUGGAACCGGAACAGCUGUGGGUUCUUUAACGCUGCCAGUAAUUGGUGAAGACGUGCAGUUGAAAGCGUGCGGGCUGACAUCCUUCGGAGUUAGCGGAACGAACGCUGCUGGUAUUUUAAGGGCAGCAGCUAAACCAGAUGGUGAAAUAGGUAAAAUGAAGAAGUAUAACCUUCUGCUGAUUUCUGCAAAGGAUAAGACCUCUCUAGGGCGAAUGAUGAGAAAUAUCAGGGAUUACAUGUUCACAACAGCAUAUACUAUAGAUGAAAUGAGUGCUGCCCUUGCCAUUCGAAGGCAGCACUACAAGUGCCGUUGUGCAAUUGUC